AUGGGAAAUACUGAGUUGAUCUACGUGACGAUAUUCGAGUUUCUGUCUCUUGAUCAGUUUCUGGUAGACCAUGGAGAAAACACUGCUUUUGUCAAUAAUAGCGCUGUAUUUAGCAAAAUUGUAAAGGAAAAGAAAGGCUUCUCGUGGUUGCUGAAAACCGGGCUUAAGAAAGAUUGGGAGGUGGAAAGUCGCGUGAUUAAAUUCCAACCAAUGACGACGCAGAACGACGACGCCGUACUGCUUACGCUGCGAACUACUGCGAGGCGCUUCAGUUGUCGGUUGGCGUUCGGGGAGGCCGGUGCGGCGAGACCCCCGUGCAACGCUCUGCUUUCGUUACGCGAGUUGUAA